AUGUCGUUUUCUUCCUUUUCUGAUGAUGACAAUGAUCCACAAACGCGAGGAUCGCCUGGAAUAUUUGAAGAAAAUUCUCUUGAUCGAUCUAGACACUCGUCUGAAUUUGCUUAUGUAGAAGAGGGAGCUAGAGAUGUAUUUAAUGAAGAAGAUGGAACUGAUUCAGUGAGGGAUGUUUUGGAUGAAGGAGAUGAAACUGAUUCAAUGAGGAUGAAUUCUGUUGAAGAGGGUGUGACUCUGGAGAUGUACUACAAAACACAUCCAAAUCACAUGCUGGAUCAGAGGAUGCGUGAGAUUACUGAUGAGGAUUCGCUCUGGUCAGUUUCGACUCGACGACUACCUUGGGGAGUAGAGAAUCUUCGGGACAAUAAUCCGUUGACGUAUUGGUUUUCUGAUUGUCCUAAUCAAAAGGGCGCUCACACAAUUGAUGUAAUAUUCAGCAAACCAACAUGGAUAAAGCAAGUUUCUUUGUUUAUAGACUAUUUCCAAGACAAUAGCUAUACGCCUUGGAUAGUGUCUAUCAGAGGCGGAACAUGCUAUCGUGAUAUGCAGGAGAUUAUGCAGAUUGAAUGCGAGAAGACAGUGGGAUGGCAACACGCAGAUCUUGAAGAAACAGGGGAAUGCACAAGGGUUUUUCGAUUACAGAUAGCGAUUCUCAGCACUCAUGAGAAUGGAAGAGAUACGCACAUCAGACAAGCAAAAGUCUAUUCGAUUCCAGGAUAA